AUGACCCAAAAGUUUCCAGUACUUGUAAGCACCGAGGAAAACUUAACACUGAACGACACGAAGCAUCGCUACUGUGAAGAAAAGGACUGCAGCAAAACAAACCUUAACGCUCCUUUGUGGUACCGAGAUGAAAUAUGGGCAGUCCCACUUAUAGCGGUAUCUUCUGUAAACAUAAUCGUUAUCGGAUUUUUCGAGGUGUUUAUGCUGUGGAAAGCUGAAGGAUCAACCUCAAGCCGCAGACAUCUUGUUUUAGAACAGGUUUUAUUGUUUGGGCUGCUCCUUUGUUCUUUACUUGGAUACGUGUUUGCUGCCGAUCCAAGUUGGUUCACAUGUGGGGUGGUCCGUCUGGGGUUAGGCCUAACUUACUCUUUAGUAUUUGGAACACUAUUAGUAAAAACUAUAUUCUUGCACAGUCUACACACAGGAGUUUACUUGCCGGCUUUAUAUCAGGUCCUGUUACUUUUCUUUGUUGUUGUCGUACAGCUAUCCAUAGGAAUCCAGUGGCUAAUGCAACGACCACCUAUUGUAAUUGUUUAUCACGCCGGGGGUUCUACUUGUAAUUCGAAUGUUGUGACUAUGCUGCUAGUUCUUGUUUAUAACAUAUUUCUAAUAGCAUUUGUUGUUUUUCUUGCCAUCAAGACAAAGGAAAAUCCCGAAAAUUAUCAAGAAUCAAGGUUUAUUGGUAUUGCCACUGGCCUAACCAUACCUUUAUGGCUGGUAUGGAUGCUAAUUGCCCUCAUAAUAGAACCGCCACACCACGAUGCUGCUAUGGGGUUUGGUGUUGUUUUGAAUGCUACAGUAAUCUUUCUGGUCGUGUUUGUGCCCAAAGGGUUUCAGAUGACUGCAUUAGGAGAAGAAUGGCCAAACAUGGAAGAAAAAGGUGUACUUGCUUCUCCUGCUCCGUCGUACUGCAGCCCUUCAUUCCUCCACAUUAAGCCUCCUGUGAUGACUUGGAGCCAAAAAUUGAAACCAUUAAAUACGGGUAAGAAUUACCUUGUUCUUGCUUUUUAG